GGUUCAGUGUGGGGAUGAAGUUGGAGGCGGUCGACAGAAAGAACCCCGGGCUCGUUUGCGUUGCCUCCAUCGCUGAUGUCAUCGAGGACCACAUCCUGGUUCACUUCGACAACUGGGACGACACAUACGACUACUGGUGUGACAGCAGCAGUCCGUACAUCCAUCCUGUGGGCUGGUGUGAACAACAUGGACGACCUCUGACUGCUCCACAAGGUCACCCCAACCCAGAGAAUUUCGUGUGGCAGGAAUACUUACAGGAAACUGGUUCCACAGCCGCUCCCAGUUCAGUUUUCACACUGAGAGCUCCACACAAUUUCCAAGUCAAUCAGAAACUGGAGGCGGUUGACCGGAGGAACCCCAUGUUAAUCCGAGUCGCCACGGUAACAGAUACAGAAGACUACAGAGUGAAGGUUCAUUAUGACGGCUGGUCGCAGCAGUUUGACGUCUGGUGUGACAGCGACCUCUGUGACCUUCACCCUGUCGGCUGGUGUCAACGCACAGGACACUUGCUAGAGCCCCCACCAGGUUCCUCCCCCCUGUCCCACCCCUCUCAGGGUGUCUGUCCCACUCCAGGCUGCAGAGGGGUCGGACACAUCAAAGGAGCCAAAUACACCGGACACCACAGUGCCUUCGGCUGUCCGUACUCAGACAUUAAUAUGCGUAAAGAGGUGGUGCUUCCUGAUAGGCUGGGAGGAGAGAAAGUCGUCACCCUCGUACCUGUCACCAUUUAUCACCAUGGCAACCAAUCGGACAGGAGAAGUGUUCAGGUCAAAACUGAGCCCAAGGACGAGACUCUGCUGCUUCCUCUGGGGAAGAGAAGAAGACUGACAGACAGGCUGUCCCAACCAACCAAAUUCCUGCGUGUGAAACAAGAAGAGGAGGAGCUUCACAUCCGAGCCCUCGGCCCAGCAGCAGAGUCCAGUCUGCAGGCUGCCCUCCACCAGUCUGUCUUCCUGUCAGCCAUGUCGGCGCAGCCUGGCCGCGACCUGUCGCUUUGCUGGGAGCAACACCGCAAACUGCUGCCAGGUGUGGCUGGAGUCCAGGCUGAGACUGUCCAACACUGGAGCGUCCAGCAGGUGUCAGACUUCAUUGAGUCCAUUCCCGGCUGUGAGGAACACGCCAAACAGUUCAGAGACGAGCAAAUCGAUGGGCGGGCCUUUCUCCUACUCACCCAGCGGGACAUCGUCAGGAUCAUGUCAAUCAAACUUGGCCCUGCCCUCAAAAUCUACAACUCCAUCCUGAUGUUCAAACACGCCGAGGACAGGAGCCAAUCACAGGCUGCUGCAGACAGCAGCCAAUCACAAGCUGCUGAGGACAGGAGUCUGUCACAUGUUGCCGAGGACAGGAGUCCGUCACAUGUCGCCGAGGACAGGAGUCCGUCACAUGUCGCCGAGGACAGGAGUCAGUCACAUGUCGCCGAGGACAGGAGUCCGUCACAUGUCGCCGAGGACAGGAGUCAGUCACAUGUCGCCGAGGACAGGAGUCCGUCACAUGUCGCCGAGGACAGGAGUCAGUCACAUGUCGCCGAGGACAGGAGUCCGUCACAUGUCGCCGAGGACAGGAGUCAGUCACAUGUCGCCGAGGACAGGAGUCCGUCACAUGUCGCCGAGGACAGGAGUCAGUCACAUGUCGCUGAGGACAGGAGUCCGUCACAUGUCGCCGAGGACAGGAGUCCGUCACAUGUCGCCGAGGACAGGAGUCCGUCACAUGUCGCCGAGGACAGGAGUCCGUCACAUGUCGCCGAGGACAGGAGUCAGUCACAUGUCGCCGAGGGCAGGAGUCCGUCACAUGUCGCUGAGGACAGGAGUCCGUCACAUGUCGCCGAGGACAGGAGUCCGUCACAUGUCGCCGAGGACAGGAGUCCGUCACAUGUCGCCGAGGACAGGAGUCCGUCACAUGUCGCCGAGGACAGGAGUCAGUCACAUGUCGCCGAGGGCAGGAGUCCGUCACAUGUCGCCGAGGACAGGAGUCCGUCACAUGUCGCCGAGGACAGGAGUCCGUCACAUGUCGCCGAGGACAGGAGUCAGUCACAUGUCGCCGAGGGCAGGAGUCCGUCACAUGUCGCUGAGGACAGGAGUCCGUCACAUGUCGCCGAGGACAGGAGUCCGUCACAUGUCGCCAAGGACAGGAGUCAAUCACAUGCUGAGGAAUCCUCUGUUCUGUGGGAGGGGCUUCAUUUUCCAUCCAAUGACAUUUAAAUUUCUGAUGUCACACCUCUAAUCUCAGGUGUUCCUGUCGGCAGGUAGGCAUCAGUCACGUGACGUCAUGCUGGACGUUCAUCACACAGAAGCAAACGAGACAAACACAAGCACAAAAGUUUGUUGAGUCACCUGUGAACACCUGAGCUCCAUUUCAGGCUCAGUCUGUUUGGAGGGCGGGGCUUAAUGCAGGUGAACUCUACUGAGACUGGACUCACCAAAACCAGGACCAUUGUGCACAGGAUUCUGAGAGGUUGAGGCCUAAGAGACACAGCUGGUACGCAUGUGUUCAGACCAGACAGGUGGGCCUGAAAUAGGACUCAGGUGUCCUCGGUGGCUUCGUUAGCCACAAAAUGAAGAAAUUAACAAAAAGUCGUUUUAUUUCGUUUACAAAAAUAAAAUUAAAAAAUAAAUUUGUGAAGUCUCUCCGUAAACACGGCUGCUGCCAUCUGAUUAGCUGAGACCUUAAAACACACUAAAAACACAUCACAGACAAUUUAUAUCUAAAUUCUAACCCUCCAACAGUAAUAAUUCAGAGACAGGAUGUUCCCGUGUGUCCAACAUCUCUACAAACAUGUUGCAGGCGGCGAGGCUCUGAGUUCCCGUCAACACCCAAACAACAAGCAACGAAAUCAAUGUUAAUCAAUCAAAUGAAGAAGUCUUGUAUGUACACACAGAGGCACAACACAUUCACUAAAGACAAAACAGAGGUCUCAUAAUUUUGAGUAAACAUCUUAAAACACUGAGAAAUGUCCAAUAAUACGUUUAAAGUAGGGCUGUCAAAUAAUUAAUUUAUUAAAUUGCCAUUGAUGGCUGAGUUUCAGUCGUUAAUCUCGAUUAAUCACAUUUGUAAUCCCAUGUUUAAAAUUCCAAUAUUUUGCAUUUGGUAACAGUUUGAAGUCCAUAUUAACGAGGUGAAAUAAUGCUGACCAGAGUGUUUUGAUUGGGAAUCAAAUGAAAUCAAAGAAAUUGACUUUAUGAUCUCAACCUUUAGAUUUUUGUCUUUCACACCAGAGCUGCUCUGCUACAACAGUGAGGUCUGAAAGCAUGAACCACUUCACAGAGCUGAUUCUGUCAGAUACACUGUUUGUGUGUUUGUUUGUUUGUUUGAAAGGAUCAAACUGUUCCAGUAGAGAAAGUGCAGUUACUCUGAUAUAAUUCUGACGACUCACUGACGUCCAAUGAUCCGGUUCAUGUGAUGGCAUCAUCACUUUUCAGGAGUUCCAGUUUAGUGUCUGUCUCUGAUUCGUACAGGUCCUGUAAGUGUCAAACUAUUGUCUCCCCAACAGUAAGACAUAUGACUGGUCACAACAUGUCCACCUGAGGACGUCCCCUAAUACAUCAUAUACCUGUGUGUCUGUGUCGCUCUGCAGUUACACCUCCAAAACACUAGAGGGCAACCUCACAGCAACUGUUUCAAACACAAAUCAGCUUCACUAUAACUCGCAGC